GAUGGGUUUGAAGCGCAGAAGAGUGUGCUGCCUAUUUUGCCAGACAGGGUGAAGUCCCAUCAGAGAAGAAUUUCAUAUUUUCAGUGCUUGAGUUUGAUUUUUUUUAAUCCAAGAGAAACGAACGUGAGUUUUCGGGUUUUGUGCGGUUUAGUACUCGUGAAGGGAAUGGUGGCGAGGUCGGGAAGAAGAACGCAACAACAACAAUAGCAGCAACAUCAGUAGCAGCAAGCAGAAGAAGAAAAGAGGCAAAUUUCUGUGUCUAUUUCGCGAUCGGAGGAUGAAGUGCAAAAGGUGAUUCCGGGUGAUUAUCGUCUUUAUUUCGUUGUUGCAAUUUUUGAAACAAUCGACGUUUCAUGGAAUAAUGCGUCCUUGCAAGCCACACCAUCGAUGAGGCAGUGUACUGGAUGUGAAAGUAAAAUUCUGUAAAUAAUUGUGUAUAGCAAGCAGCUCAUUAGAAGAAAGAUGAAAAAGUGAAAUUCAGUGAGUUUUCUAAACAUAGUAGCUAUGACGUACUAAUGUAUAAGUGAAUUACGCCCUUCGAUAGUGUAUGUAGUGAUGAAAUAAAGCUGUCUUAAUGAAGAGAAGAAAAAAAAUCUGCUGUUUCUAGUGCUAAAAAGUAAAAAUCAUUUGCUCAUGAUAAGUGGUAUUCGGCCUGAGCAAGUCUAUCAACGGAAAGUGUAGUGGAAAAUAUUUCCGAUAGUGAAGAUGCUCGAAGCUCGUGAGUGUCACAAUUUUGGCAGCCGAGCUUGAAGAUAGUGAAGAAGAAUAAUUACUACGAGGCAAAAAGAAAAAAAAAAUCAUAUUUCAAUCAAUCAACUGUGUGAACAACUGAGGAAAAAUAUGCUGACUUCGGAAUGAGAUGGAAGCGGCUAUACGUUCUGUGCAGCAGGUUGGGCCACCAGGCCAGAGGGCCGACACUGGCCCAUCGCCGCAGCCUCCUCCAACGAUGUCAUUUCAGCAACGUGUACCACCCGGUGCUGCGCAAAUUCAUAGAUCUGUUGACACGUCCCAAGGCUACAGCAAAGGUGGUCCUUCCCCGUCGCAAUCCACCCCUAGAUCGGCAGCUAGUCCACUCUCGCCGCCCAGGCCCGGUCCGGGAGCGGGAGCUGCGAACUAUCCACCAUUUGCAGGAGCACCGGCACGUGAGGCACCGCUCAGAUAUGUGCAAAAUAACUCAUACUAUCGAGAAAACCCUUACACCCGUGUGUCACAGGUGCCCCAGGUUCCUGAGUACCAUCGACAGGUACCGGUUGUUUCGGUAUCUAGUAGUAUACCCGCACCUAUUAGCAUAGCAAAUUCCAUGGAGCCAGUACAACAAUCAACCCGACCCCGAAUGUCCCUGCUAGCCCACAAUCCUGAUUACCUGCAGACACGAUCCGUGCAGCAACCACCGCCGGCAACGUCGGAUUCCGGUCCACCUGCAUUUAAAAAGAUUCGCCUGAACGAAAACAGUCAACCUGCGCAAUCCCUCCUGAAUGUUGAUACACGUGAUCCACCGGUGUCAUCCGGUGCGUAUCAUCCUCAGGUGGAGGCGAUCUCACCAACGCUGCCAAGUGAUCCGACUGAGGAACUGCGUGCUACCAAGGAUGAUCUGUUACAACAGAUUGCCAAAGUGGACAUGGAGAUCGAUAAGGCGGAGAAGAAAAUCGCUAUGCUGAAGAAAAAACAGGAAACGCUUGAAGAGGCUUCAGCGAAACCGGCAGUCGAGGAGAGUGCCGCUGAAGCGCAACCCAAGCACCGCAGUUUAGCGCAGCAAAUCUACGCCGAAAAUCGAAAACGAGCGGCGAACGCUCAUGCUGUACUGAGUGCACUUGGCACUGCCACCGAUCUGCCGCUAUACAAUCAGCCGUCCGAUGCGGAGAUUUGCCGCGAAAUCCAGGAACGCCACAAGAUGUUCCGACAGCGACUGUUACAGCAUUUCAAAAAGAUAAAAUCCGAACGGGCGGCGAAACAGAUCGAACUGACUGAACGAUAUGCGCAGUUAUCACAAGACUGGUCAAAACGUGUAGAUAAGAUGGAAGCUAGUGCAAAGCGGAAAGCGAAGGAAGCGAAAAACCGGGAGUUUUUCGAGAAGGUUUUUCCCGAGCUUCGAAAGCAGAGGGAAGAUAAAGAGCGAUUUAAUCGUGUAGGUUCUAGGAUUAAAUCCGAAGCCGAUCUUGAAGAAAUCAUGGAUGGUCUUCAGGAACAGGCGAUGGAAGAUAAAAAAAUGCGUUCAUAUGCUGUGAUUCCACCUUUAAUGUUAGACUCCAAACAAAGAAGGCUAGUGUUUAAUAAUGAAAAUGGAGCGCUAAUAGAUAUGGAAACAGAAUUCAAGGAACGAUUAAAUUUAAACAUGUGGACAGCUGGCGAAAAGGAAGUUUUUCGGGAAAAAUUUUUGCAACAUCCGAAAAAUUUUGGUAUGAUUGCAGCCAGCUUGGAUAGGAAGAGCGCGCAGGAUUGUGUGCGAUAUUACUACCUCAGUAAAAAGGCGGAAAACUAUAAGCAGUUGUUACGAAAGUCUAGGCAGCGGACACGAAGUUCGAGGAAUAUGCAGAAAUCCAAUCAAAAUUCGACACAGAGCAUAGUAGAUGCAUUAACAACUGGUGUUACAACAAGACUACAACGUGAACAACAACAAAAGACUGUAGGCCGUGAUCGUGCCGCGAAUUCAACAAAUAGUUCAAUAGGAAAUAGUUCGGCAUCUAAUGUCUCAACAAAUUCAUCUUCAAAUACUACUAAUAACAAUAAAAAUAAUAGUAAAAGUAAUAGCUGUAGUGCAGGUAGUAUUAACACGAAAACGCCUGUAUGUAGUGCAUCAACAACAACCACACCAGCUACGGUAUCGUCUGUAGCAACAGCACCAGUAAUCAACACGGUAACGGCAUCUGCAGCAUCUCCUCCACUGGCAGUCGCUACAGUGUCCACAUCGACGACGUCAACAACUGCGACUAGCAUAAGUAGUAUAACGAGCACUACAAACAGUAGCAGUAGUAGUAGUAGCAGUAGUGGCAGUGCCAGCAACAGCACUACUAAUGAAGGCAGUAGUACAUCGAAUGUAAAUUCCACGCUCCCGGGUACCGAGAGUGCCGAAGCAAUUGUAAAGGAUGAGACUGGACAGGAGAAAGAAGCAGCUGGUUCUGAUUCAUCUUCAACGUCUCCACCUCUCACUGCAUUGGAAAGUAAUAGUACUACUGCUACUUCGACAACUGCCCCUGUGUCGACAAGCCCGGCGCCUGCGAAUGCAAGUUCAUCGCGAAGUGCAACACCAUCCACAGCUGUUCCACCACCUUCUUCAUCUGCAUCAACACCUAGCAUAUCGGUGGCCCCGACGAGUAUAAAUUCGCCGGCGGUAACGUUGCCCAGCAUCUCAUCAGUUGCAACACUUCCUUCAGUCUCAUCAUCUAGUAUCAUCAGUAGUAGCAGUACCUUGGCUCCGGUAGUGAGCGUUGCUGUGUCCAGUAGCAGUAGUAACUGCACGAACAGCAACAGCAUUGCUAGCAGUAGCAAUGCCAGCAACAACAAUAACAGCGGUAAUCUGACGAAUGUGACUGCCGUGGAAACGUCAUUUGUACCUAACCCUAGCCCUAGUAUUUCUGCAAUUCCGCUAAACGGUGUAAAAACGGACGUACUAAAUUCAACAACGGCAACAGUAACAACUGUUCCGACUACGUUGAAUAACAACUACAGCAGUAACAAUAACGUUAACGCCAGUGUAAAUAGCAUCAUCUCCACAAUGCCUAGUUCCGUCGCCGCCAGUGGCGGAAUCACGUUGGCCCAUGGAGGGUCGGUACCAGUUACGCUUACGGCAGCUGCUCCAGGUGGAAUUAUUUCGUCCUCGACGUUGCCUCCCAGCUCACAGACACAGCCGCAUUUACAACCUCUGCCACACCAGAAUGCUGUGGUGUUUAACAAUACAAGCACGCCGAAGACGACUUCUUCGUUUGCGAAUAUCAUCAAGGAUAUUACGUUGGGAUCUGUUGUAGUGGUCAAUAGUAAACUUGGUGUGAAAGAUAACCUCCUCAAGGACGAGUUAGAGCCGAGUGAUGCAAAGAAAAGGCGAAUCGAAUUGGACGGAACAAGGGACGAAGGAACAGCACAGGACUGCAAAGACAAGGGUAGCGCAUUGCACUCUUGUUUCGUGUGCAAGGCCGAGAUGUGCCCUCGUACUCGCCCGCUGGAACGUGGUCGGGGUGCGCAGUACGGCAUACCGGAAGAAGCGAUACCGCCGGGAGCACGUGUUUGCAAUACGUGCCAAUGCAAGUCAGUGAAAUCUAGGUACGACUCGCAGUAUUAUUCUCCUUCCGCUCUAGCACAGGGUUUAAUAUUGAACGAUCAAUCCGUCCAUUCUAGAUAUACGCAUUGUCCCCUGCCGACCUGUCCCAAUCCGAAAGAUAGAGUGAAACGUUUCCGAAAUCUUCCACCGCGUCUCUUUGAACUCUCACCGGAGAUCCGCGAUCCAAUCGUUCAAGAGCUACAAAUUCCACCUAACGUGACAAAAUGUUGUUCCGCUUGUUUGACUCGUAUUCGUCGCAAGAUGGGGCCACAUUUAAAUCUUACCGACGAGGAAGUUGCACGAAUGAAAAAGCUGUUGCAAGAUGUUGGUCCCAAAUGGAACCAACUGGCAGAAACCAUGAACAAAACUCCCGUUGCGUUGAAAAGCUUUUACAUUCAUUACAAGAAAAAAUACAGCUUUGAUCUAGCUGUGACUGAGUACUACAAACUGCAUCCUGGCGAAGAUCGUCGCCCGGUAAUGACCGAUGGCGAUGAAUCAGAUAUGAGUGCUUCCUCUUCAGAUGAACGGGACGCAAGCAGCGACACGACUGCUUCCGCUGAGAGUCCUAACAACUCCGUUCCACUGAAUGUCACGAAAGAGGAAAUCAUCGCAGUUCCUGAAACAUUGGCCCCACCACCUCUUACCAAAAGUUUCGAAGACGAUCGGUUGUUGCCACCUGGUCAGCCGCCUAGGAAACAGAAGCUCACCGAAGAGUAUGACAGUUCGGCUACUGAGACGGCAGACGAGGAAAACGAAACCUCACCUGCAAACCGACAGAGUCCUAAAGUACUUUAUCCUCCGCUAGGUGGAGUAAAUCCCGUUAUGUCUGUGCACCACUCUUCUAUGCAGAACGGACCUCGCGGCAAUGAUGUUGGCUCACCUCUGAAUGUUCGGGAUGUGAUGCUGAAUGUGAUAGAAAGAUCUGUAAUGUCCAACAAUUCAGCGAAACCACCACCGAUGAAAUCUAUCGGUGAGUUAUCUUUUACACCUCGAGAUUACAGGGAUUUGUCGAAGGUGCCACCCAAUCGACCUUCUUCGGGAGAAAUGGCAACUCUUUCAGUGGUGAAUUCUCUUCCUCACGGUCAACCGAAGAUCAUAUCUCAUCAUCCCCAUCCGAUGAGUUCUCAAAUACAGGCAACCAUUACGCCUGUUCCACAGCAGCAGCAGCAGCAACAACAGCAACAACAGCAACAGCAACAACAACAGCAACAGCAACAGCAACAACAACAACAACAACAACAACAGCACCAACAACAACAACAACAACAACAGCACCAACAACAACAACAACAACAGCAGCACCAACAACAACAACAACAACAACAACAGCACCAACAGCACCAACAGCACCAACAACAACAACAACAACAACAACAACAACAACAACAACAACAACAUCAACAGCAACAACAGCAACAACAACAACAACAACAACAACAACAACAACAACAACAACAACAACAACAACAACAACAACAACAACAACAACAACAACAACAACAACAGCAGCAGCAGCAACCUCCGCAAUUGCUAGCACAGACUCAGCAGAUUCCACCUUCGCUGCAGCAACAGCAGCAACAAGCGUCACAAUCACAGGCUCAAUCUGUCCAGCUAUUGCAGCAGCCUUCGCAGCAGCCAGUCAGCUCUAGUGCCCACGAAAAAGAUGUCCCGGUGGUCUUUGUAAGAGAUGAACCGGUAACACUCGAUCUCAGCAUUAAAAAGCCUCAGCGGGACAAUUUCCCUCCACCUGCGCACAACAGUAAAAUGCCCAGUGUACCUUCUCAGUCAGUUCCACUUCCUCCGCACUCUUCGAGUGGCGGAAGCACAAUAACGUUGUAUCGUACGGACAACUUUCCACCGCCGAGCCAUCAGCAGCAACUACAGAACAUUCCAGUGCAUGGGCCGCCCUAUGGGAUGAGCUACCACGGCGAGACAAUGGGACGCCCAUCUAAGUCACCCUCUGGUUAUAUUACGACCGUACCUGGAGGACCACCGAUGUCUUGGAAUCAAGGCCCAGGAGGUCCGCCAAAUGCUGGUUCUUCUAUGGUUGGACGAGGACAGAUGUCACAGCAAACUAUCUCGUUAACUCCACCUCCGACGAAGAAACAAAAUGCUCCCAAAUUAAGUCCUAAGAUGCCGCAUCAAGUGCAAUCGGUCAUGCAGCAGCCACCGUCGCAAUCCAUCGGACCAAAGGGAUCGAUCACUCAUGGUACACCAGUAAAUGCCGCUGGCCAACAAAUUAUACUUCAAGGUCAAACCACGCUCAGUCCUCGCUAUGACAAUAUGCUUCGACAGACGCCACCCUCAUCGAACGACAAACAUGGAUCCAUCACCCAAGGAACACCGGUUCACGUAACCACUCACACGUUACCGGAUAAACGUGCAGCCUACGAGUACAAAUCAUACAACAAUCGUCAGAGCCCAGCACAAGUGUCUCAACCGCCACCUCAAGGAAGUCCUCAGGCACCCCAAUUUCAGUGUGGUAGGAAUGCUCCUACAUUUACCCUAGAACCGCAACAGCUGAGCUCACGACAAAUCAUCAUGAAUGACUACAUUACAUCGCAGCAAAUGCAUGGUCAGUCGCAAGGACGCAACUCGGUGGGAUCUGGUGGACGACCGGAAAAAGAAUCUCCAUCGCCACGAAGCGUUCCCAACAUGGCCAAUUCAUCAGCUGCUUUACUGUAUGCUGUUGCCGAACGGGAACGAAAUACCAGGCCAGAAUAUCUGAGCCGAGCGUCACCUGCCGAUCACGUUAACAGGGUUUCUCCUGUUUUCAGUACUCCUAGUCCGCACAGGACCCCCCCUCCACCGCAAAGGCAAGGGGUAAUCCAGAGACACAACACUGUAGGAGGUAGUGGAAACGCCAGUGGUGGUGCUGGAUCUAAACCGCCAAGUCCAGCUCCCAAUCGAUUGCAUCUCGUCCCGCCGCCACAUCAUUAUAUGCAAGGACAUGAUGCAUUCACUUCAUUGGUUGAUCUAGCCGUGCAGCAGCAGCCAAUGACGGUACCGCACAAGGACGAUAAGCGACCAUCGAUCGUUGAGCAGCAGCAGGCUCCGCAGCCACCGCCACCGACGCAUCAUGACAUCCGCUAUCACCCGGCAACAAUGAUUCAGAUCCAUCACCAACAGCAGCAGCAGCAGCAGCAGCAACAGCAACAGCAACAACAACAUCAAGCUGCAGCUGCAGCGGCAGCAGUUGCGGCAGCUCAACAGCAACAACAUCAACAUCAAGCAGCUGCUGCCGCCGCUGCUCAACAACAGCACGCAGUUGCAGUUGCAGCGCAACAACAUCACGCUGCAGCGGUGCAGCAGCAACAGCAACUUCAGAGGCAUCAACAGCUUGACAUGCAACGCCGUCAGCAACCCCAGAUGCAUCCUUCGAUGCAGCAUCCAUCGGUUGUAGCCUAUCGGGAACAACAUAUGGAAAUUGUCAACUAUCGGGAACGGCUCGAACGCGAACGUAUGCAAGCCGAACAACGGGAACGCUCGAUCAUGGCCGAAAGGGAACGAGAGAGACAAAUGGAACGUGAACGAGAAAGGGAACGGGAGAGGGAACGUGAGCGCGAGCGAGAGCGGGAACAGCGCGAACAACGUGAUAGACAACAGCGCGAGCGAGACCGGGAGCGUUUAGCUCACCAAGAAGAGGAGGAACGUAGAAGGAAGCACUACGAUCUUAUUAAUGAAAGAAUGGAAAGUUUGCAAUUUCGUUACAGGCCAAUGGAGCCAGGAAUGGGAAUGCGACCAUCUUCGGACGGCUCGUUGACCGCGGCCAAUCUGAUAGAUGCGAUAAUUACCCAUCAGAUUAAUCAGACGGCGUCGGAACCACCGCUGCCGCCCAACCGUGAUCUGCACCGUCCUUCUUAUUACCCAUCCCGCGACCAUCGCCCAUCACCAAUCAGUGAAAACAACGGGAAAUCUCAUUCACCCAACGUGAUAAACAUCGACGUCGACUCGGAACCUGUACGGACGAAAAACAUCACGAUUGGUGAAUUGGCAGAGACCAUCAUUGCCAAAGACUACUCCCCGAACCCGAAUCCGUUCCUGCAAAUGCGUCCCUCGAUGAUACCUAUGUCACUGGACCCGUCUAUGGUGCCGUCGGAAGCGUGGAAAUAUCGUAGGAUGCCACCGAGUAAGGAAGAUCAAUCACCCCACGGACAACCUCCGCCGUCUCCUUCGCAACAAUCUGUGCAAUUACAAGUGCAACAAUCGCAGCAAGGACCACCUGGGCAUCAAUAUGUGCAAUCAGGAAACAAAGGUCCAGGACGAUCUACGCCUGACGAUCGCCACAUUAUUCGGAUGGCACAAUCUCCAGGACCUCGAAAUAAGUUUCACGAUUCCGUUUCGCCUGACACGCAGUUUUUUCAUCCGGGUGCGCCCCUAAGUCGAGGGCCACGUGACUUUGCCUUGGAUUGCUACGUCAAGAAUCGAAUUGUGGAAGCAAUGCGAACAGAAGAUGACAAACGUGCCGAUGAUGGAAGAGACCAGCAGUCGCCACGCAACCAGUCGCCUGCACAGCAUGGAGGACAUGGACCUCCUCCUCCUGCUCAUCACAACAAAGAUCACGAUCGUAGCUCCACACCAGGAGAUAUGAUGAUUGAUGAGGAAACUGGGCGCCCUGCCUCUGGAGGCAACAGUCAUCGACCACCGUCAUCUCAGCAAAUGUCAUCGCAUUCGCAACCACAGGGAGGAAUGCACAACUCCCUACAUUCGUCACCCUACCUAGGAAAUCAACCCGUUCCUCCGCCAGCGACCACUUUUGCUCCACCCACGUACUAUCCAUACAGUGCGUUGACUGUAACGGGUGGCCCAGUAGGCAAUCUUGGUCCUCCAGGACCGCCCAAUAAGACGACCCUGGUUGUACCAACGCUGGGUGGUGCUGGCGGUAGUAGCGGUAUUCCACCACCCAAUAGCGGUGGUGGUAUGAACGAUGACCGACAAUCUUCAUCCAAUGCAUCAAUUGAACCGAAACCACUACUCUCGGCUCAAUAUGAAGCGCUCAGUGAUGAAGAUUAGAUCAAUCGUAUUCAUUUGUAUCGUUGUAGAACGAAAAUGAUAGGACAUCAACAUCAACAAAACAAGUUGAAUACACAUUCAGUAUGAAUUCUAUCUCAUGCAAACUUGUAAUUUAUUAUAAAUAUUAAUUAUAAUACAGAAAUUAUGAUAAUAAAACUAAAGUAUGAAUGAAUAAUUAUCUAUGAAAAGGUAAGCAUGUAUUAAAAAAUAAUACAUAAAAUGCUAGAACACUUUAACACUGAUAAAGGCAAAAACAGCUAGAGAUAUACAACGAGAAUUAUUAAUAAACAACACAAUCCAGAAUGAAGAGAAGGAUAGAAAAAUUAUCGAUUACUCCAUUAAACGCUAAAUCUAUCCUAUAAAAAAAAAACAUCUGCAGAAUAAUCUUAUCCAGUCGAAAUACAACUGACAGAGAUACAGAGUUUAAUGCGCUUAACCCUUCUAAGAAACGUCCCCGGCUAGCGAGAAGCACAUACGAUUAAUGAGAAUCUACUCACACACAUACACACGCAAUCACUUCACCCUCGCAGGGAUCAUCGAUCGUCGGUCGUAGGUAACCGGUUGGAUGUGGACAGUUCCCGGACCAAAGGGGUGCAAGGGAAAGAGAACUGAAGUGAAUAGAUUUGGUCUCAUCGUUUACGAUUGUUGACUGUGUGUAAAAUAAAUGAACCAAAUGAAGUUCUUCGCAAAGUACUACUCGAGAAUGUUUUAAUGUGUUUAUUGAACAAAAAGAAAAACAAAAUGUAAAAGUCAGAAGCUAAAUAUGUCAAGAUGGAAGCUUAUCCACGAAAACAAAAUGGAAGGGAUUUACUGUACGAGCUUGUUUGAAAAGCUAGAGACAAACAAACAAAUAAAUAAAUAAACAAAUAAAAAUAGUUCGUCUAUGCCAACCAAUCCGGGAGAAUGCAAACCAACAAGUCAAACAAUGCUAGGGCUGUUAUGAGUUCUCAUUGUUAGUUUUUCGUUUCGUUUUUCUUUUCUAAGUUCAUAGCUUUCGUUCCAAACACAUUUUUUCCUUUCUAUCACGGAAAAAUGUUUGAAUUCCGGAUAUUAGCGAAGGUGAAAAGAGAGACAAAAAACAAAACUGUAAAGAAAAUACUGUGUAGCAUGUAACUUUUAGUAUGGUUUAAGAUCAGUGCAGAGCAGGCAAAUAGAAGCAAGUGAAGCUAAUGUUCCAAUUAAGUCCAACUGCUGAGAUUACCGCGCUGUACAAUAUAAAUACAGAACUAAAAAAACGCAUACUGCAUCAAGACAAAAAAAAAGAAGUUUAAAAACGAGAGAAAACGAGGAAAAAAGUGGUAUGUUAUGUUCUCUAUAAAGUAUAAAAAUGCAUGUAAUUAUAUUAUCGUCAAGUUCAUUAUAGUUCUGAAUUUUUAAGUUACAACUUAAAAAAGAGAAAAACUAACAAUUCAUUGAUUGCUGAAAAUAUAAAUUUAGUUAGGUAGACAGAAAGAAAUUAGAUCGUCUUAAGGCAGAGAGAAUCAAUGAUUAAUAUUAUGUAACAUUUGUGUUAAGCCUCUUUUUAGUUUGUAAUUAUUUCCUUCUUUUUCUAAAAAAAAAGUAUAUAUUAACACGAUAUGCAAAAUCUAAGCAUUAAGUGAAUAAAAUAUAAAAUAAUUAAAAUUAACAA